UUUAAUUUACAAGCUUUUUGAACACUUUCAAAAAAGAAUGCUUGACUUAACAUAUUUGUCGACUAAUCAGUUUCAACUAGAAUAAAAGCAUUGAUACAACAAGUCAUUAUUAUUAUUAAUUAUUAUUUUUAUGCAAAAUUUAUAAUAUACGUAUAGAUUAUAUCAGUCCGUGAUUAUAGCUAAACGUUGUAAUGGGAGAGAGCCAGUGGAAUGAUUGGAAACCUUUUAUUUAUGGAGGUGUAGCUUCAAUUGUUGCAGAAUUAGGUACUUUUCCGUUGGACACAACAAAAACACGUCUUCAAAUUCAAGGACAAAAAUUAGAUCAGAAAUAUGCACAUUUGAAAUAUUCUGGCAUGAUUGAUGCUUUAUUUCAAAUAUCACGACAAGAAGGUUUUAAAGCUUUAUAUUCUGGAAUUAGUUCAGCUAUAUUACGACAAGCCACUUAUGGAACUAUAAAAUUUGGUACCUAUUAUUCCUUAAAAAAAGCUGCUAUGGAUAAAUGGGAAACAGAUGACUUAGUUGUUAUAAAUGUCGUAUGUGCUGCGUUAGCUGGAGCUAUCUCAAGCGCUAUAGCAAAUCCAACUGAUGUAGUUAAAGUUCGUAUGCAAGUAACUGGAAGUAACUCAAAUUUAUCAUUAUUUGGUUGUUUUCAAGAUGUAUAUCACCAUGAAGGUAUUUCUGGUUUAUGGAGGGGUGUAGGACCUACUGCCCAAAGAGCAGCAAUUAUUGCAGCUGUAGAGUUACCUAUAUAUGAUUACACUAAAAACAAAUUUAUGAUUUUAUUGGGAGAUAGUGUUAGUAAUCAUUUUAUGUCCAGUUUUAUAGCUAGUAUGGGAAGUGCAAUUGCUUCUACUCCUAUAGAUGUUGUCCGUACACGUUUAAUGAAUCAAAGGAGGAUACGUACCACAGGUGGCACAUUACCACCUCAUAUUUAUAGUGGUAGCAUAGAUUGCCUUGUACAGACUUUCAAAAAUGAAGGAUUUUUAGCUUUAUAUAAGGGUUUCGUACCUACUUGGUUUAGAAUGGGACCAUGGAAUAUCAUAUUUUUUAUAACAUAUGAACAAUUGAAGCAACUGCAUAAUUCACAUUUAAAUAAUGUAUCGGAUCGUUCAAGUAAAUAGUAAAUGGAAGGAAAUGAUGUGUGUAUAAAAAUAUAAAAAAAUAAUGGUAGUAAUGAUAGGCUGUAAUUGACAUUUAUAAUGUAUAAUUUAUUUUUAUGCAAGAUACAUAAAAAAACUAUACAGAUA